AUGGAAGAGCCGUCGAAAUUUAGUUUAGUGAAUAGGUGCCACUGCGCGGAUGCCGGCAAUGCUUUGUCGUUGGACCGCUCCUUUGACUUCGCCACGUCAGAGGAGAUUGUUCCCAUUCCUGUCCAUGAGGUGGAGUUGCGACAGGCCACUUAUCGCCGUCAUGGGAAUGUGCCGCAUGAUGUUUCCUUGCAUGAGUUUGUGGCGAUGUUGGGUAUCAAUUGGGAGGACACACUUAACCCCAACACAAAAUCGAGUUGCUUGGAACAUGACGCGUCCAUAAGGGAAUACUACGGCGACUCCGAUGAUGAGGCGUACAGAAUUUUUCAGGAGAAGAUGGAACACUUCAUCAUGCGGGAUGCGUGGCUAAAAGGCAAUCAUUUCAUUGAAAAGAACAUAUUGGAGGACUACGUACGGCUAAAGCGAUUUGAGAACGACGCACUUGAACUUUUGUAUUCCAAUGACGAGGACUCUAUUAUGGCGUUGGAGGCACGGAUGUACUCGGAGGUGCAAUCGGAGGCACACAUGGAGUCUUUGCGGAAGUACCGAGAUGGUCACUCCUCGAGACGACUGACGAAGCGUCUCACCUUUGAACUCUGCCGAAUGAAUUCUGACGAGUCGUGGGGUGUGAACGCGGACUGUGAUCGAGAGGGUGUACUGGCGAAUUCUCCACCGCAUCGACAAUGGAGAGGGAAAUCAUACAAGGAACAUUAUAUGAAGAUGUAUAAAGAAGCGGAACCACUUCAGGAACCGCAGUAA